GCUUCCCUAGCGACGGCUAUUGUAAAUAAUCAAAGGAAAAUGGCGACUGUGUACGUCUGGUUGUUGGUCUUAGGGUCUGUGGUCUUGUGCAACCUCGUCAAAAUGUUGUUACCUUCAAUUUCCUCCUAUCUGUCCAAAGUUUUCCAGAAGAAUGUGGAAGAUGAGAUGGAGAUGAGGGCAGCGAUUCAGGCCAUGAAGAAGGAGCUUUCUUCCAUCAACAUGAUGGAUGAGUUCGCCAGGUACGCACGGCUCGAGCGCAAGAUCAACAAGAUGACGGACAAGUUGAAGACUUAUGUUAAAUCCAGAACUGGUCAGCAGACCAAAAUCAAAUGGGUCGUCAACAUAGUGUACUAUAUUCUGCAGGCUGUGCUGAUGAUCUCUCUGAUCUGGAAAUACUAUGUUGACCCAGUGACGGUCUUGCCCAGUAAGUGGAUUUCUCCUCUAGAGCGAAUGGUGGCCUUCCCAUCUGGAGUAGCAGGUGGUGUUGGAAUCACAUGCUGGCUCGUUGUUUGUAACAGGGUAGUGGCUAUAAUUCUCCAAGCGGUGGCUUGACAGCCUGAACUUUACUGUCUACUGUGAGACCAAAUUAUGCAAUUGUUGUUACCUUUGUUGCUAUUUCGUUCAAUUUAAUGAGAAGGUUUGUAAAUAUUUUUCAUACACUGGCCUUGAUAUUUAAAUGUUUUAUGUUGAGACUGUUUCUUUUAUUUUGAUAAACCAGCAGGGUUGUUUUGUUGCAUUUUCUUUCUUUACAAAUCCAUUCCUCUUCAUGAAACUAGUGUGAAAAAUUGUGGCUUAAUACUUUGGUUACAAUUUGUUCGUUUUCUGAAGGAUUCAAGCCAUAUCAUUAUUUUACCUACAUGACAGUGUUCUGCUUUCCAUUUGUGUUUGUUGGUUGCCUACUUUUCUAACCCUCUUCCAGAAUUAUUCUUCUAGUUGACAUAUCAAUAAAACAUGCCAAACAUUA